AUGUUCCGGAUUUGUGCCAAUCCUUUGAUCCGAUGCCGUCCUCAGGCAAAUUUAAUAUCUCAGUUCUUUAACUUCGCAAAGCAAAAUACUGCUGGGAGUCCUAUACUAAAGUAUAGAGCCUCUCGUAAUUCAAGAAACCAAGGAAAUUAUAUGGGCUUUGCGACCAUCAGCGCAGUUCCUAUCACCUCAGAUCCAAUUGACAAGAGGCCCUAUAUAACAGAUGGUGGCCUCUUAAGAGCCGAAAAACACAUUUUUCCUGCAUUUCCGAUUCGAGAGCUAGUACGUGGAGUUCGAACUGAGAACGAGAAACUUGAACUCGUUGCGAAUUGCUACAGGCCUCUGAGCAACUUGAAUCCCAAGCCUGGAGAUCUGACGAUACUCGCCGCACAUGGGAAUGGCUUUCACAAGGAACUAUAUGAGCCAUUCUUUGAAUCUUUGGUGGAGGAGUAUCAAAGGAAAGGAAGUCAAAUCCGAAGCAUCUGGAUCGCAGAUUUCCAUAAUCAAGGAGAAUCCGGUGUAUUAAACGAAAGAAAACUGGGUGGAGAUGUAAGUUGGUACGAUCACUCUUGGGACCUUCUUUCCUUGGUCAUGCAUCUCCAGAGUGAUUUCCCCCGGCCGAUAGCUGCAAUUGGUCAUUCUAUGGGUGGUGCCCAGCUCUUUAAUCUUUCCCUUAUGCACCCAACUCUAUUCAGCUGUGUUAUAGGCCUUGAUCCUGCAAUCUCUCCACUCCCAAUUCUGCCUGGCACUAGUCCUGGUAACCCUGCAACGUUGUCCGCCAAACGACGUGAUAUCUGGCCAUCUUACGAAGAGGCAGUCAAAUACUUCAAAUCUCGACCUUUUUACCGGGAGUGGGAUCCCAAAGUUCUUGAAAUCCACAUGAAAUAUGGGCUUCGGAAAGUUCCAACGGCUCUGUAUUCAGAUGUUACUAAAUUCGGACCGGAUUCUGUGACUCUUUGUACUACUAAGCAUCAAGAGGUUUUCACAUUCUGGAGAACUCGUAUACAAGAUAGAACUGAACCAAAAGAAGUAUUUUCUCGUCUCAAAGAUAUGAAGCCUCCAGUCUGUUACAUCCAAGGGGAGGAUAGUAUUGUAAACUGGGGUAAUAAGAAUGAAUUAAUGAUUCUCAAUACGCCACAACCUUGCGAGGUACACUUUAUUCCAAAGUGUGGACAUUUAGUCCCUUUGCAAAAACCAAAAGAAGCUGCUAUGAUCGCGGCUACAUACCUUCAACGCCGCACUACAAUCUGGAACGAGGAAACUGAACAAGAAAAGGAGAACUGGCCAGCGACCACGACAAUUAGCCCUCAUUAUUUUGAGCAUCGACUCCGGGAGAGGUCUCAAUCUGAUAAUCACUCCUCUUAUGACGUCGGUGUCGGGUACCAAGCCCCGAUAGAAUCACAUGUAUAA